AUGGCUUUCUUGUUUAGCCUCUUGAGGUUGUGUCUACUAUAUCUCAUCUGUCAUACAGUUGCCUGCGUUCCAGCAAAUCAAAAAGAUGACAAGCGAUUGAGUCGGCGCAUGCAACUCGAUGCUCAGGAUGUCCUUCCAAAGCGGCAAUUGGAAUGGGGACAAAUCAAUUUCAUCCAUACAACCGACCUCCAUGGCUGGUAUGAAGGCCAUAUGAAAGAGCGAAAUUAUCGUGCCGACUGGGGAGACUUUAUCUCCUUUAUACAGCAUAUGCGCGACAGAGCGAGGCAACUCAAUGUCGAUUUAUUGGUUGUCGAUAUAGGUGAUUUACAUGACGGGGCUGGGCUUAGCGAUGUAACAAAACCCGAUGGCCUGGCAACGGACGAACUGUUCAAAAUGACCGAUUUCGAUCUCCUCACCGUUGGCAAUCACGAACUCGUGGACGCGGGACUCCCAAAUGCGACACACAUGAACCUAGCGAAGCACUUUGGCGAUAAAUAUAUUACCAGUAAUGUCUAUGUUAACGACACGUCAAUAAAUGAGACCGAUCCCGUUCCGAUCGGCAGCCUAUUCCAUAAACUCACCACACCCAAUGGACUCCGAAUCAUGGCGUUUGGAGUGCUUUUCGACAUGAACCCACCUGCCAAAGACACUCAAAUUCAUCUAGCGAAAGAUAUGGUAAACGAGGACUGGUUCAAAAAUGCAGUGGAUCAGAGUGAUAUCGAUCUGUUUGUUCUCAUUGGACACAAUCCGGCCAGAUUGGACAUAACAAAUCAUGACAAUAACAGCACUCUAAAAUUCAUCACUGAAACAAUCCAGAAGAGUCGCCCAGAUAUUCCAGUUCAGGUAUUUUCUAGUCACUCGCACAUUCGUGAUUUUAUGGUCUAUAAUGAAAAUUCGACGGCUUUGCAAUCGGGGAAAUACGGCGAUACUGUGGGAUGGCUCGCCAUGACCGGUAUCAAGUCAAGCACAUAUAAGGGGGUCAUGAAUCCUGCCGGCGUUCCUAACCCGAGAAGACCUGCGAAGCCUGUCUCCAGUAUGAGCAUGAACGAAACAUCUGAAACGGCUGACACGUCAAGCCUAAAGUACGCUCGUCGCUAUCUUGAUUUCAACCGUCAAACAUUCCAAUUCCACACAAAUACAUCUGGCGACGACACAGCAUUCGAUACCACCGACGGCCUUGGAGUCAGUAAGAAAAUUACAGAACUUCGAACAAAAUAUCAUCUCACUCAGUACUUUGGCUGCGCGCCAAGGUCGUACUGUAUCUCAUGCAGACCGCACGACGAUGAAGGAAAUAUCUAUAACCUCGUGAGAAAGGCGCUUGAGAAGAUAGUAGUCUCUCCAACGGGAAACACUACCUCGCGGCUCAUUUUCGCGAACCGGAACGGCAUUCGAUACGAUUUAGCUCAGGGCCCCUUUAUGCGUGAUGACUCUUACAUUGUUUGCCCAUUCACCGAUGGCUUUCGAGUGGUUCAUAAUGUUUCUUCUGAGCACGCUUCUAAGAUUCUCGGCUCCCUCGACAUAAAAUGUCCUAGUGGUAAGGGCGAAAUGACCUCUGAAAGUUUACCGGUAGACGACAAGGAUGAGAAUGGUUCUUGGGAUGACCUAUCAGGAUCCACUGACCAGAAAGUGCUAUCUCGCCGAGGAGUACAGGACCCAGUUGGCAUGCUAACUCCUGGAUAUACAACAAGCGAUGACUUCGGAACCGAUGGUGACGACACUCAACACUCCACUAUUCCUCACUACGAACCACCAGCAUACGUCCAAGGUAAUGUCACCAUUCUUAGUGGUGCGGGUCAGGUGCCAGAGCAUUAUGACGUGGUGUAUAUCAAACACAUGGAGCCAAAGGUGCUGGCUGCCCUCAAAUGCUUGGACAAAACACAGGAAUAUAAAGUAGAUGAUUACACCGAUGCAACAAUCAAUACAAAUACCUUGCUGCAGCUGUAUGCACAGAAGUACUGGAAUCAGCCCUUGCAGAGCUGUGCUGUUGGGGGUGCGAUUGGAUGA